AGGGAAAUAUUUUAGUUUAACACCGUGUCAGUAUAGCAGCAACAUGGACAACUCGAAGAUGUUCCUUUAUUGGGGGUCGGGCUCGGGCCCGUGCUGGAAGGCCAUGAUCAGCCUCGCAGAGAAGGGGCUCUGGGAAGGGUGCCCAAACAAGAUGAUUUCAUUCUCAAAUAAGGAACACAAAACAGACGAGGUCUUUACGUUAAAUCCGCGAGGACAGGUACCGACGUUCCGUGACGGCGACGUGGUGGUCAACGAAUCCGAUGCUAUAUUGAUGUAUCUGGAAGAGAACUAUAGCAAAGACGGCAAUCGCCUGCUGCCAACUUCCGGUCCUGAGCGCGCGCAAGUCUACCAGCGGAUGUUUGAGGCACAGAACGUGCAGACCAACAUCAUCAAGGAGCUCGUGGUCUACCACUGGAGGACUAAACCGGAAGACCGGGAUGAUAAAAUCGUCAAGGAGCGCAUGGAGAAAGCCAAGGUCGAACUGGGAUACUGGGAGAAGGCGCUGAACGGACAUGCUUACAUGGUUGGGAAUAAUUUCACACUGGCAGACGUUGCGGUCUAUCCGUUUCUCGCCUUCCUUAUGCGCAUGGGCGCUAGUUUCCGCGAGUUUCCUGCCCUCCUGAAGUAUUACGAGGCCAUCACGAAGCGUCCGUCGGUACAGGCGACCUGGCCACCACACUGGAAGGAGGGAACAACGGACCCGAUCUUGGGUGAACUGUGAACAGGAAGCCCUGCUCGUAUGAAGACAUGUGACAGGGCCAUGUGCCUGAUACAUAAGCUAGGAAUUCCUUAUCAUCACAGCAGUAUUAUGGCGAUGUUAAUGUGAGCUAAGCUAUUACAGAAUAUAUUCAGGACUCUUUCCAUUCAACGAUGACCAAUAUACAUUUUUCCGUUUAACAAAAACAUGUAUAAACUAUAAAGGUCUAACCAAUAUAAAAUGUGUUGUUUUAUUUUCUCGACCAGUUAUAUAAAAAAGAUGACCUUAACAAUGUUUUUCGGGAUAUAAGAUAUCAAGUGACAAAAUGCUUGGUUGGAUUGAUUGCCCGUGUUGAAUUUAAAACAAGCCUAUGGAUAUUUAUACGAACUGUCUUAUCCGUGUUAUAAUUGAAUGUAGACUUUUUUAGAGUGUUUUUAAGUUUAUCAGUGAAAUACAACAAUACAUGUA